AUGUUGAUGACUUCUUUCAAAACCCUGCCCAUUUUGGGUGGUGUCACGCAAACCGAAAAGCUGGCGCGCGUCUAUCGCGCCCAUGACACAAGACCGUAUCCAACCUACCUAGGCGGCAAAACCGUCACCGUGGAUAUCGCGUCUCUCUUGAAGGCUCCCGACUCAGAUGAGUCCUCCACUGCUCCGCCUCAGCAUACCCGUUCUUCGUCAGACCCCUCCACGACCGCAACCACGGCGGCCACGGUGCCUGUCAGCGGGCUGCCUCCGUAUGGCCCGCCAUCCGUAGCACAGGGCCUGGCCGCGAGCGGCAAACGUGCCAUGCCGCCGCACGUGGCCGAAUCCCCGGCCAAAAAGCAGAGCAAGUGGUCGCCGGAGGAAGAUGCCUUGAUCAUCGAACUCCGGGGGAGCGGCAUGAAGUGGGAAGACAUAUCCAAGCGUCUUCCGGGACGAAGCGCCAUCAGUUGUCGACUUCACUACCAGAACUACCUCGAGAGGCGGAGCGAGUGGGAUGAGGAGCGUAAAAACAAGCUUGCACGGCUGUACGAGAGGUACGAUACUGGCGCAGCAACGUCGCAGACGACGAUGAAGCCCCGUGUCCCAUCGUUCAAACCCGAAAUGUGGGCAAAGGUUGCGGAAGAGAUGGCCGUUCCUUGGCGAGCCGCAGAGGCCAUGCACUGGCAGCUCGGCGAAGCUGACAUGGCUCGGCGGGCUGGCGUUGUGCCGUUUUCUCUGACCGCAGUCAACGUCGACCAACCCGGUGCCGGUGGUCAUCGGCACUCCCCUUCCCGCGGUCACAUGCACUCUCAGUCGCAGGGCAGUCUGCCCCGGGACAUGGGCGGUCCCUCUCCACGAUACGGCCGACCGCCACCGGGGAUAUCGCCAAUCCCUGGUGGACGAGCCAUCGCCGCCCGACGCGAGAGCGUUCCAGGAAGACCGCAGAUGGGCCCGGAACCGAACGAGAUGACGGGUAUGGGACAAGGCGGCCCUGGGCUAGCACCGAUCCAGGGGCUCCCGCCGGGCCGAGGAUCCGGGCUGCUUCCGGGUGUGGCCGAACUCACGACGGGCGUGAGCCCGUACAGCACCCCCGCAUACGCAAUGGGAGGCAUGCCCACGGCGAGCCCGGUGCCGAGUGCCAGAGCGAGCCCAGGACCGCUGCUUCCCGCCCUCCAUUACCCGCCACCCCACGAGUCGGCUGGUGCCAAGCGACGAGCUAGUCCGGGCACAGAGAUGAUGGGCUCAAGGGAAACGAGUCGGCGACGACACAUGGACCCCCGGCAGGAGGAGAUGGAUCGGCGGCGCGUUGCAUGA